AUGUCAUUUAAAACAGUAGUUGUCAUUGGAGGAUGUGGCGGAAUUGGUCUUGCAACUCUUCAGGAGCUAAAUGAAAACUUCAAUAUUCAAUUUUUGGUCAUCAUCGACAUUCUAGAAGAAGCUUCUGCUCAAGAAUUGCUCAACAAAUCAUUAAAAACUGACAAAUUUCUGUACUUUCAAUGUCCAGUUGAGAACAUAUCUGCACUUUCUGAAGUCUUUCAAACAAUUAAUUCCAAAACAAGCUCUUUAGAUGUCUUGAUAAAUGCCGCUGGAGUUGUCGAUGAGCAAAAUAUAGCAAGAACUUUCAAUAUUAACACAAUUGGAACAAUUAACUCCACGUUAUUGGCAAUUGAGUAUAUGAGAAAAGACAAAAAUAAGGACAAGAAUGGAGGAAUUAUAGUAAAUAUUGGAUCUGUAUCGUCUUAUACUCCAACGAUUAGGACUCCGAUAUAUACGGCGUCAAAAUAUGCACUUUUGGGUUUUACAAAGUCAUUAGCUCAUCCAGAUUUCUUCGAUCUCACAGGCAUCAAAUUCUCCUUAAUCUGUCCCGGAUCAACUCGAACUGCCAUUUCCCAAUAUGUUGCUGUCCAACCGCCAUUGUUUCCCGAACUGCAAGCAACUUACUUGACAUUCUCGAAAAAUUGUCCCCGUCAAAAUGCCAUUGACGUUGCCAAAUGUAUCCUGCAUGCAAUCAAUGCUAAUGAAAAUGGGUCAGUAUGGGAGGUAGUAAUGGGAGAAAUUAAGAAAAUUAAUGCAUGA